AUGCAUCAGGACCUGAAGGCAAGUUCCUCUGGGAAGGAGGUCCUCACAGAUCAUUACAUGAUCCUCAAUACCCUUGGUAUAGGCAGCUUUGCUGAAGUGAAACUGGCAUGCCACCUCCGUACAGAGGUGCAGGUUGCUCUGAAGAUUAUGGAAAAGGACAAAAAGACAGCUGCCUUGAUCACAAAUGAGGUAGAUAUCAUGAAAUUAUUGAACCACCCUAAUAUAAUUAAACUGUUCCAUGUCAUGGAAACUACUCAACAUAUCUAUAUGGUUAUGGAACUGGCCUCCGGGGGCGACCUAGCAGCCCGUAUAGUGGAGGUGGGCUCAAUGCAGGAAGAGGAGGCCCAACACAUCUUCACACAGAUGGUAUGUGCAGUUAAGUACUGCCAUGAGAAUAGCAUUGCACACAGGGACAUCAAACCAGAUAACAUACUGCUAGAUGGCAAAGGAAGCGUCAAGCUGUGUGAUUUUGGUCUAGCUACCAAAGUAACUGCUGGGCAGAAGUUGAAGAUAUUCUGUGGUACUGUCCCAUACUGUGCUCCAGAGCUUUUCAAUGGCCAAGAACAUGACCCCAAGACACCUGAUAUCUGGAGCAUGGGAGUGGUACUAUAUAUCAUGGUGACAGGGUAUCUCCCAUUCAAAGCAACAACAUAUAAAGAUAUGAAGGUGGAGAUGCAAGAUCCACAUUACUACAUUCCACCAAAGCUUCCAGAACACAUUGUUAACCUCAUUGUGAAGUUGUUCACUAUUGACUCUGAGCAGAGGCCCAAGAUACAUGACAUUAUGAAACAUCUGUGGCUCAAGGACAGUAAAGCACUUCUAAAACUAUCAUCUUCCCUGGAGAUGCUCCCUGGCAAACCAAACCUCAAUAUUGUGACAGCCAUGUGGGUCAUGGGCUAUAGUCCCAAGGACAUUAGAGACUCUUUACUUGAAAAAAAAUUUAACAACAUCAUGGCAACUUACUUAAUAUUAAAACAUCAGUCAUUCUUGGGCAGCAACAUACAUCAUCAAAUUAAACCUGUGCAAUCUAGUGUUGCCACUACACCUUCAUGUCUUCCUAUAGCUCAUCUCCCCCUAAACAGCACAAGGAGUGAGCCUGCUCUUCCCACCCACACCUUUCUGGCAAAACACCCAUUUCAUGACAAUGACAAGAUUGCAAUGAAGAAGGGGAGCAGAAGGCUCAGCAUGCCUGACAUCUUAUGGUGUCAACAGAAUGGGAACCUCUUUCCUAAAGUAGCACCUGAAUGUGGUCCUGUAGCUGCUCAUCUCAUGAGAAGCAGUUUUCAGGAGAGAUGCAUGACCUCCAAGGCUAUGGCCUUUGGCAGCACAUCCUCAGAAAAUAAUCUUUCUAGAAAUCAGAUUGCCCAGAUGGCACCACAGAGUGAAACUAACCUGAAGGAUAGCUCAUCUCCCCAGAACACAUCAUCUGUAAUGAACUCCAGGGAGGCACCUCAAGGUGUUACCACCACAGGCACUCAUCACAAGAGGAGCUCUUUCUUCUGUGAAACCUCUGAGCCAAGCUCCACUAGUACCCAGCCCCAAAGUGUGAUUACAGCCUCUUCCCACAACAUAAGGCAGUGCUGGAAGAGGGUGAAAAGGAGAGUAGUGAAUUGUUUCCAAAGACUGUGCUGCUGCCUAUUUCCCCAAAGGAGAAGCCAUGCUUCCCAGAAGAAAGUGUCUCCAAUAGAAAGGGAGGAGAAUGGAGUCACAUAA